AUAGUAGUUAUAUUUUACUAACCAAAUACCGAAAAAACCGAACCGAACCGAAACUAACCCGAUAUUCGGAUUGAACACCCGUAAUCCAAAUGAAGCCAAACUAUUGUUUCAUUCUCCAAAAUAUAAUAAAAAUAAUAACUUAAUCCCGCGCAAGGCGCGGAUCUUAUCCUAGUAUAUAUUAACUCUAAUCACCUUGCAAAUAAAAAAAUAUUCUCUCUUUCUCAGAUGAUCAAUUAUUAGACUACCAGUAAAGGUAAAGCUUGAUAUACUUUAAGAUUUCUUCUUAAGACCAUUGCGUCUAACACGUAAGGGUCACAACUGAGUUUUUGAGAUUAGGGCCGGACAUUUUAUCCGUUAAAUUUGAUUCGAUUCGUUAUUUGUCUCGAUUCGAUCCGAAAUUUCUAGAUAUCCGUAAAUUUUUGAAGCAAAGCAAAUAUUAAAAAUCAAUAUCCGUUAAAAUCGAAGCAAAUCACAAAUAUCAAAAUUUUGGAAAGCGGAUAUCCGCUUCGAUCCGGAAAUAUAUAAAUAUAUAUACAUCUUGAUUAUACUUCAUGUUUUAAAUAUAUAAGUUUAUAUAAUUGUUAUUAUAACAUAUGAUUUGACAAAUUAUAUUCACAUUAUUACUUAUAUAAAAUAAUUACAUAAAAAAGAAGAGAAAAAAAUAUAAAAAAAUUAUAAUUUUUUCUUAAGUUUUGUGUUACUAUAAUUGUUAACUAAGUUUAAAAUUUACAAAAUAUGUAGUUUCACUAUUUCUUUUAGUUUUUAUUUUGUAUAUCAUGCAAAAAUAAAUAUUAAAAAAUAAAUUUGUAUUAAUUUUUUAAGAUUAUUUGUAUUAAUCAAAGUGGAUUAGAUAUCCGUAAGUAUUCGUAAAUAUCCGCAAAUAUCUAUUUAUUUUUUGGAUAUUCGUAUCUUUCCGAAGCAAAGCAAAUCGAAAAAUUAAAUAUCCGUAACAUACGAAUAAAUCACAAAUACUUUCAAAAACCCGGAUAUCCGAUCCGCGUCCAGCCCUACUUGAGAUCCAUUAUUUGAUCCUCGGCAAAUCAGGUAACGUAAGAACAAAUGAGUUCAUGUGAUGCUUUUCAUGAUCUAUAAAUAGUUCUAAGAUUUGAAAAAAGCUAAAUGAAUACUCUAACCUUUGGCACAAAUAGACAAAGUUGUAACAAAAAAAGGAAACAAUAUCAAAGUGAUGUUGGAAAAAAUAAUAUACAACAUACUUCUCUUCUGCAAAAUAACCGGUUUGAUAUGGUAUCUCAAAAAUCAAACCAAGCUUUAAUUCAUUUGGGAAUAUAUCUAUUUAUCUAUCUAAGAAGUGAUUUUGUUGUUUUGUCAUGUAUUUUUUAUGAUUAUAGGUAAAUCAUUAAUUUUAAUAAAUAAUUUUAGUGAUUUAGCUGAUUUAUACGAUUUACUAACAAUUUUAAUUUAAUAAACAAUUUUAGUAAUUUAGUGAUUAUAGUGAUAUAGCUAACAAUUUUAUUUUAGUUUGAUACUAAAAAAUUUGAGUGAUUUAGCUAACAAUUAUGGUUAAAAAAAAAAUUUAUUUUCAGUUUGAUAUUAGUUUUUUCAUGUUGGAGCAGGAGGUUGCUAGCUAAAAUGUACUCCCUCCGUUUUUUUAUAUAAGUCGUUUUACAGCUAUGCACGUAGACUAAGAAAACCAUUAAUUUCUUAUAUUUUCUAAACAAAAACAUCAUUAAUUAUUUACCUAACCACAAUUUAACCAAUAGAAAAAUAGAAGAUAUAUUAUUAUUGGUCAUACAACAUUAGUUAUUAAUAAAUUUUACAUAGAAAACCGAAAACGACAUAUAAUUUGGAACAAACAAAUUUCUCUAAAACGACUUAUAUUAAAAAACGGAGGGAAUAUAUUUUAAUUUGAACUAAAAAGCGGACAGAACCAAUGAACCAAUCAGACCAUGAUUUUUGAACGUUGACUAGGGUGCAUACUUUCAGAUAAUAAUAAGAUUUCAAACAAAUAACUAUAAGAAGAUUGAAUUUUCCCUUAUCGUUUGUGUUUAUAGUUUCUAACCAAAGUUCUGUCUGUUUAUUUAUUAAUAGAUGCCAAAGAAGAAGAAAAAUGGUUGCUUUCUCUGAUGGUUGUGAUGUAAAUGUAUUCUAACAGCAUUACUUGUAGUGUAAAAUUGUUUUCUUUGGUACCAAAAGAACAAAAACGUUACAUGCAUCAGAUUCAACUCAACCGUAAUUUACACUUUGUUCUUUCCCACCCUAAAUAAAUGUAAUAUAACUGUAUAAAAAAACAAAUGUUUUGUAAAAUAAUAACUAAAAUUAGAUUUAAAACGCGUUACUAUUAUCUAAAAAUCAAAAUUGUACUUAGAAUGCAGUUUAAAGAUUACAGAUCUUUUUAGAUUUUUCUUUCCCGAACAUAACAUUUUAAUAUUUUUUUCACCAGAAAUUUCCUUUUGUUUUAAUUCUCAACCACUUCAUGUCAACAACCGUAGCAAAAAACAAUCUAAUUUGUUAAACUUCUUAGGUUCAUAAUUUAACCUCUUUCAAUUUUUUUUUUCUUCCAAUUAUUUAUUUUUUCGUGGGACCCAGAUUUCAACAAAACUGUUUCAGAACGUCUUCUAAAACAUGUGUUUGGUCUGAGAAAAGAAUUGUUUUCGAACGUUCGAAUUCUAUUAGCCGUUUGGCUUACACAAAGAGAGAAAACAAUAAUUCAGAGAGAAAAAUAUUGUUUUGAGGAUUGGCGCAAUGGGAGAAUCUGCAGUUCUAUUUCAUUCACAUUCGUUCGCAGCUCCUCUUUCUCGUCAUGAAACUCAUCAGGAUAAUACUAUGCAUGCGCUUAGCCAAUCCGUCUCCUUCGGUAGAUUCAUGACAGAGAAUCUUGAGUGGGGGAAAUGGUCAAGCUUCUCGCACAAGAAGUAUGUCGAUGAAGCUGAGAAAUAUUCUCAACCUGGAUCUGUUGCGCAGAAGAAAGCUUUCUUUGACGCUCAUUACAAGAAAAUAGCCGAAGCCAAGAAAGCAAAAGCUGCUUCAGAUGACUCAAAACAAGAAGAACAACAACCAGAAAGUGUUGCGGUCUUGCUAAACACAUUGGAGACAUUGACUAAAGAUGAGGUUAAAGAAGAAGAAGAGAGUGGUGAAACGGAGUUAGUCCUGGGUGGUGAGGAGGCGGUUUUGAGUAUUGAGAAAGAUGAAGAAGAACCCGAAAGAACGAGUGUUGUUGUGGUCUUGGAACAAGAAGACACUGUGGUUGAUAACUCUGUGAUUGCAGAUGAUUUAAAGGCUCUUCUUGAAGUGCUUGAUGAGAAUCACAUAGAGGAUGCAGAGUUGUUGAAGAAGAGCUCUUCUGUUGGAGAAAAAGAAGAAGAGAGAAAAUCUGUUACCAAGAUCUCACCAGUGUCUAUGGAUAAAUCAGAAGCUCCAAAGAAAGCAAUGGAGCUUGUUGUCUCACAGAAAAUAAGUGAAAAACCGGCAACUCACAGUUCCAUGAAGAAGAACAAAUUCAGUUUCUUGAAGCUUUUGAUGGGCAACACUAAAACUCAAGAUCAGAACCCAAAGAGAAAGACUGAUAAGAAACCGAACAAAAUGUUUCUCUGUCUUUGCUUCAACCCUGAGAUGGUGAGGGAAACAGAAGGGCCAACCAAAACACAGAGGAAGAAUCUCUGAGAAGAAGAGAUUGAAUCUUUUCUGUUGGCUUGAAAGCUCUUAGAAAAGACCUGUCCUCAGAUUCAAGUAUGGUAGAAAAAUAGAAUCAUUGAGUGCACAGUGGUAAAACAAAAAAAUUGAGAUACCAGAAGAAAAAAAAGUUUGCUUCAUUUUCUUGUAUUGUAUAUCUAAUGAACGUUUUGUUGUAUGUUUGUUUUACAUACUCAUCAUAUUGAUAUAUUUGUUUGUGUUGUUGUUCAUUGAGAUGUGAGUGCAGGAACCUCUGUUCUGAUUUGGAAUGAGAUGAGUUUGUUUAGUAUAAAGGUACAAUAAACUUUACAUGAUAGUUUAGUUUGAAAUCAUAUUUAAACAUACACUAAUUAUUCCGAAGUUGUUGAGACUUCUGUUCUGAUUUGGAUUGGGAAUCAGUUGUUGAGUAAAUGUUUCAGCUUUGCAUAGAUUAUCCCAUCUAUAUUAUUAAAACUGAAAUAUUUUUUUUGUAAUGGUUGAAAAUAUCUAUAUUAUUAAAAUUGAAGUAUAUUUUCGUAAUGUUUGAAAAUAUGGAUAAUAGUAUAAAUAAGAAUUGUUAGGAAAACAUGAAUAGUAGUAUAAAAAGAGUAUAUUAUUCUUUUAGUAAUUUCAUUAAUAUAAUUACAUUAAUUGUAUUUCUAUAUUUUUUAAUAAUUUUAUUAAUUAUAUUACUUUAAUAAUACAUCACAUCAUUAAUUAUAUUUCUAUAAUAAUAAUAGUACAAAUUUUAUUUAUUAGUUUUUAAAACUGAAAUACCUUUUCGUAAUGUUUGGAAAUAUGGAUAGUAGUAGAAAUGAGAAUUGUUAGGAAACAUGGAUAAUAGUAUAAAAAAAAUUGUUUUUUUAGUAAUUUUAUUAAUAUAAUUAUAUUAAUUGUAUUUUAAUAUUUCACUCAGUUUAACAAUUUUAUUAAUUAAUUUACCUUAACAAUGCAUCACAUCAUUAAUUAUAUUUCGAUAAUAAUAGUACAAAAAAUUAUUUAUUAAUUUUUUUAAACAUUGUAUCGACUUCUUCACCAUCCUUACCAGACCGAAACCCGGUUUAUCGUUUUCGGUUUAUUUCUACUCACAUACAUGUACUUUAGUUAGUUGAAAUUUUUCUUUUUAAUACUAGAUAAUUAUGCUAUUAUUUUAUUUAUUAGUUAAUCAACAUUAACUUUGUGCCAAUUGUAAAAUAAAAAAUACAAAAUAACAGGGUUUUGCAUGUGGUUAAACGUUCGGUUUAGUUUAUUUUACUAAAACUUUUUUUAUAUUUUAGUGUCAAUCGGUGGAAAAUUGCGUAGCCAAAAACAUAAUUUAAAGACAUGUUUUUGUGAAUAAAAUAAUAACUUAAAUUAAAAUCAUAAAAAUGUAUUACAUUUAUUCUCGCUUAAUUUUUCACUUCAUAUAAUUAUUCUACUAAAUAGAAGCUCUUUCUAGUUCACUUAAUUUAACCAAACACAUAAAAAUAGUCAUUUUUAAUAGUUUAUAAAAUUACUUAGGCAUGAACAUUGGUUAUCCAUUUAGGUAUGAGUUAUUUUUUUGGAUAUCAUUAUUAUUAUUUUUUAAUUAGGCUCUACUUGAAUAUUAUAAAUUUAUGUGUGGGUUUUGAGUUGGAUCCUUUUAGGUCAAGAUUAGUUGUGUUCUAAUGUAUAAGAACCUAAAAAUAUCUAAAUGACAAAUGUAUCUGAAAUGAAUUCAAAUAUUUGUACCGAAAAUAACUAUAUUAUCCAAUUCGAUUCAGGUUUUUUGAAUACAAUUAGUUAUAUCACGACUCAUCUAAAAUAUAUAACAUUAAUUAUGAAAAACAAAUUUUAAUGUAUAAAAAUAUAAAAACCAAUACCCGUAUGGUGCGCGGAUCCAUCUCUAGUUAUCUUAUACAAUAAAGUUAGAUUAUCUGUCUGCUCCUGCUGCCACGUCACUCUGGAGACCAGAGGGGCGUUUUGCGCCACGUGUCAGUCUAUUAAACAUUAAUCAUCGAACGUAUUUGUAUGUCUGAGUUUUCAUGUUUUCUGGGCCUAUUGGAUUCUUAGAGUAUUUUGCACACAGGCCCAUAUUUUUAAGUUUUCUCCGCUAUUCUGAUAGAGAGAUGCGAAACAGAGCCCCUGAGCCACCGUAACCUUUCAGAUGACACCGGCUCCGAAGCGUAACGCUUGCUUCAGUCAUUCACACCACAUUAAAGCUACCAUAACGUGAUUCACACCAAUGAUUCCACUCUUUUGCAUUCAAUCGGUUUUAGUCUCUGUUUUACGAACUCCAUCAACGGUGACUUCGCACCUUCUUCUUGCUGAUCCGAUAGCUGGACGUUGACUGAUAAGGAAAGCAGGGACGACGAGGAUGGCUUCCUCAUUGGGUUGUCUCACCGACUCACUCCCUCAACUUAACACUUCCUUCCUUCAAUUCCAAGUCCGAGCUAUAGAUAAGGAUGAGAAUUAAAAGAAGCACACGCGAAGACCAAAACGCUAAGGCUAACUCUCUUUGAAAACGUUAAGUUCUUGCGGCAACGUCUCACCUAUUAGCUUUCUUAAGGUUCACAUGAAAACUUAGAGAAGAGCCGAUGCCGCACGAACUGCUAGACAGACUGUGCGAGAGCUCGAAUGGCUGUUUGACAAGCAAGAAAAUGUGAACUAAGGAUUGUUGACAUGCUACUUCUUGACAAGAAGGCAACGCUGAUUCAAGGAUCUGUUAGUGCGAGCCUUGAUCUACAUACCUGUUUGUAACGGUACACACUAAUGUCAAUAAAUCAAAACACUGAUUUGGUUGUUCCGUAUCAUUUCCAGCUUGACACAUCAGGUAUAGACAACUUUCUUCAGUCAAUUGGAAGAGAUUAUGUAUACAUUGAUCUUGAGGCAAAUGUUCUAAACAUUUUACUUGAGAACUCAUGUUCCUUUCUUGAGGUUUUGACAUUUAAAUCUAUUUUUUUUACUAUUAUAGGCUAUCUGAUUAUUUUCUGUCUAAUUCAGUUGUUGUUCUCGAGCUUCCUGACAAAACAAACUCUGUUCAAACCCAUCCUCCAAAGAUUGCGACAGCAGAGAAAUCUAAGCAUGUCGCUUCAGCCAACCCGAACAAGCCAGCUGGUAAUGUGAAGAGUGUCAUGGAAAAUUCAGCUCUAUUAAUAUUCAAGAACCCAAAGAAAUUUGUGGAGAAUUAUUUUGGACAAAACAUCGGCUCUGUUGUUGUCUGAGGGUCACGUUCAAAGCUCCACCUAUAAAUCUGCGAUGAACAGGAUCACCUAAACUAAAUCAAAUAUACUUUCUCCGUCAAGCACCAUCUCCAUCCAUGGCAACCUCGCACCUUCUGGUGAAAUUUUGGGUGGCACGCAUUGUCAAGAAAGGAAGCGAGCGGGGUGUGGACAUGCUCUUAUGACGAGAAGAGCUUUCUUUAAAACUUUCUUUUAAUACACACCAGCUGGUAAAGUGCUCAUCAACUACUACUGUAAGAGCCCGAAAGCUUCAUCUCUUGAGUUUACAAAGUACAUCAAACGAGAGCAUAUGAUCUCCAUGAUGUUCAAGCAUAUGUGCAGAUGUGUUUUCUUAGUCAAUGAUAUGAGGUAAAUUCUUAACCCGCUUAAAUAACAAGCAAAUGGAGAGAAUGUGGAGGCUUAACCAGAAACACUUGUGAAACGUCUUACACACCUCGCUGUUAUGUACUAGAACACAGCUUAUAGUGGAGUUUUUUACGCCGGUACGAAGUUUCAGCCGAGGCGACCGUAAGAGGAGGUUCGGUUUGUAUGCUGACCCAGAAUAACUGGAGAAUUACUCAUUUUCUACCUUUUUCCUUUGCCCUACCAUUUUAGUUAUGACCACCACCAGUGACCACCCAUACCUAGUUUUGACAAUCGUGAAGGUAAUGACUACCCCGGUGAUGACAGUCUUGGUAUUGGAGCUGUGGAGACAAGUCCCUCCCCUGUUGUGGACAGAAAUGUGUCAGUGAACACAAAAGAUUGUACUGCUGAUGGUGGUUGUAGGUGAAAGUUGAAACAACUGAGACAAAUGCACCAAAUGAUCCCUGUUGAUGCCAAAAAUACUGGAGAGGAAGAACCAGCUCGGGAGGAUGCAGACUCCACUAAGAAGACCCCACAUAAAUUGAAAUCUCACCUACGAAGGGAAAGAGUCUGUGUGAAGACUUUUUUUUUUGUAACACUUUUUUUUUGUAACAUUUUUCAAUUGAGUUUUCUCUACUUUUAACUUUUAGUUCAUUCCAUGGGAAGUCUACUUAGUCACAUUAAGUAAAAAAGCUCAGUUUUCAGGUUUUCUUCA